AUGAUGGGCAAACUUCGGGAGUCUCUGGCUGGUCCAGGGUAUAUCAUCCUGAACGUUGUUCGCGCUUUCAAUAUCGUUGUUUUCCUCGACAUAAUUGCUGCCUGUGUUGUCAUGCUGGUGAAGACCAAGACGACAAAUGGCUUUUUCUUUUUUCAAGCGGUUACCCAUGCGGUGGUGGCACUUAUCAGCAUUUUCCUGAUCAUCUCCGAGCUUCCUAUCCUUCGAGGCUACUUCAAUCGCUCGUGGCCUCUAUUCGGCGAGGAUGCCGGAUUCUUCACCCUGGCAGCAAUCAUGAUGAUUCUUGGAGUCGCAACGUUGGGCAACCUGAACAUAGCCACCAUGAGCCAAAAGUCCCUGGGGCUAUCAUUCUGGCGGAUUGUCAUCUCCGCCGGCGUCCUAGCUAUGGUAAUGAGUGUGAUCAACCUUCUGACGACAUUCAUCUUCACCGAUCGUCAAGCGGGCGUCAGCGCACGUCAUAUCCGGGCAUACGGUGCAGUGGCUCCGCAAAAGGUGGUGAGUCGAACCAGCAGCCGCCGCUCAUUUCAGCUCAGUCUGAAGCGUGAAGACUCCCUCCCAACCUACACCCGCGAACGCGAACCAGCCUUGAAACGGGCCUCGAGACGAUUCACCCAGGCGGCGGGACGGUUCCCCUUGAAGAUUUCAUCACCCCUCAAUUCUAGUAACUUGAGUGCUCCACCUAUCAAUGAUGCCGCUUCGUCCAAGUACUCGCGGGAUUCGAAUGAGGUUCGGAUGCCUGAUCCUGCGCAUCACCCGGCUAUGUACUCGGGGCAUGUUUAG